AUGGAAAGUGAUGAAGACCCAUAUGCGACUGAUGAAGAUGUAGAAUACACUCCCUCGGAUACUUUGUCAAUUUCAGACACUGAAGAAGAUGAAAAUAGUAAUGGCAGUGUUUCCAGCAGCACCCAUUCAGAUACACGCGAUGAUGUCCAUGUUACGCCAGUCAAAGCUAGACAAAGACAGAAACGUCCAUCUGAAUGGAAGAUUAACCAACGGAAACGCCUUAGAACUCAAGAUGAACCUAAAGUCGCAAAGAGCAAAGUUCAACUAGCAGUCCAUCAAAGACGAGCUGAAAAAGCAGUGACUGUGAAGAAAAACGACAUCGAAAAGCAUAGAUUUUCGGGAGACACAGUGGUUGUAUGCUUUGAUCUUCAACAGUUUUUGCCAAUGCCACUUUUAACAACUUCGAAAGUGUUUUAUUUAAGACAGUUAUGGACAUAUAAUUUUUGCAUUUACGAUUUAAUAAACAAUGUAGCUAAUAUUGCGUCGACGUCAAAAAAGACACAAAAUAUUGUUUUAAGUGACUUUGAUUCCGAAUCUGAUCAAGACGUGGAUGAUAUGCUUCUGACCUCUGAUUCCGAUAGUAAUGAAUAA